AUGGCAUCCCGGCCUCCUAUGAUGCCGCCUCAUAACGAGACGGAGCACUCCGUCAGUCGCAUUACGCGCGAGGGCAAGCAGAUCACCUACAAGCUGAGUGUGAUGCAACAGCCUGAGCGCGCCAGAGCCUGUGGUGCUGGAGCAAAGUCGUCUGCCGAUCGUCGCCCGGUCGACCCUCCGCCCGUGGUCGAACUGCGAAUCUUCGAAUCAGAUCCCAACAAUGAAGCACAGAAAACCGAUAUCACCUUCGCCUACAACGCCAAUUUCUUCCUUUAUGCAACCUUGGAGACUGCGCGCCCUAUCGCUCAUGGGCGGGUGGCUGGCCCGCCGUCGUGCCCUGUGUUGACAGGUGUGCCGGUCGCCGGAGUGGCAUAUCUUGAUCGGCCGUCGCAAGCAGGUUACUUCAUUUUCCCAGAUCUGUCUGUGCGCCACGAGGGUCGAUAUCGCUUGAGUUUCCACCUAUACGAAGAGAUCAAGGAUGCCAAAGAUGCCGACAAGGACUCGACUUUGCCCAUUCCAAACCAAAUUAAACCCCCCGACCUCGCAUUCCUUCACUUCCGUCUCGAGGUGAAAUCCGUGCCCUUCACCGUGUACAGUGCGAAGAAGUUCCCAGGUCUGGCCACCAGCACUUCGUUGAGUCGCAUCAUCGCCGAACAGGGCUGCCGUGUUCGCAUUCGUCGCGAUGUGCGGAUGAGACGCCGGGGUGAGAAGCGCGAGGAGGACUACGACUACGACGAGGAGAGGGCAGCUGUUUACGCACGUUCUGAUCGUUACUCGACACCAGAUCGCUAUGCGGCAACCACCGUGGAGCGUCCUCGUUCGAAUAGCAAUGGAAGCGCGAUUCAGUCGCCUUAUGGGUUCCCACCAGAGAUUCAAAGGCGGCCUUCCGCACCAGACUAUGGAUUCCAGUGCCCACCACAAUCCUACGAACGGUCGAUGCCACCUGCCCCUAUGGCACACGCCCAAACGCCUUCUUAUCAAUCCCACUUGUCUUUUGGCUCAACACCGGCCCAUUACCCUUCCGCCCACAUGCCCCCUACACCACCACCGGUUGCACCGCCUGGCAUGUACUCGCCUCAUACCACCUAUGCCAACAUUCGACACCCAUCGACCGGCUCAGAAUACGAAGGCACACCUGCUGGAUAUCCUAUGGCACCACCCAUGGCAGAUCGAGCAGUUCGUUAUCCAAAGAAUCCCAUGACUUCUUAUCGUAUGGAAGCACCUAAAUCACAGUCAUACAUGGAACCUCGUGCUUCCACCGAUCCUUCACCAUACCAGCAUAUGCCGCCGACCUUGCCUCACUCUCUACCGCCCCUCAAGGGUCUCUCCAACGAACGCGUGCAAUCAACGAUCGAGAUAGGGUCUCCGACCGGAUACGAUUCUGUUUCUGGCAAACGGAUGCUGUAUCAGACCGGACCCACCGCGGUUGGCAAGCGAUCCCACGAGGAUACAUUUGGUCUUGAUGAACGCUCGAUGCAGAACGGCAUGCGUCCUGAUGUCCCGACAUACAACAGCACCUACCGUGAUUUCUCUGCCGAGAGCCGUGCUGCCUUGAUGGCCGAGCUCGGAGGUGGCGGAGGUGAAAUGGCAUACAAGCGUGCGAAUGGCCGAAUGGUCAUGAAGGUACCUCCAGGCAAGCAAUAG